UGCCGUUUUGCGCUCGAGUGUAGACGGGCGGGGCUGCAUGCACGUUUACGCUGUGCAUCCCCCCCCUCCCCACAAAGAAAGUCCUCUUUGGUCACUCCUAUCGUUUCUCUCCUUCUGCUGCUUUUUCCUCCGAUUCGCUCUGGGCUUCUUCUCAAGGAAAACAUUUGCAUUGGGAAGCUUGGUUGGUAGGGAUACAUUAUGGGCCAGGCUAAGAAGAGAAAGGGAGCCGGAAAUGCUGCUGAAGCCUCAAAAGAGUUAUCAUCUGAAACAAAGACUACAAAAGCAUUGAAGCCUAAACCAAAGAUUGUAAAAAAAUCUCAAAAUCAUGUUUCUGCAAAUACAGAAGCUGAAGGUACUCCGAAAUCUCAAAAGAAGAAGGCAGGAAAAGCCAAGGGUACUGAGGGUCAGGUUAAUGAUAAGGACAAGACGACAAACGCUCUGGAGAAUAACAAGGAAAAGGGUAUUAUCAAUGAAAAACCCAAAGAGAAGAGCCAGAGUGAUCUGAUGAACAGAGAAAAGAGCCAGAGUGAUCUGAAGAACAAAGAAAAGAGUCACAGGGAUCUGAAGAACGAUGCAAAGAGUGAGAGUGAUCAAAAGAACAGAGAGAAGAGUGAUCACGAGAACAAAGAGAAGAGCCAGAGUGAUCAAAAGAUCAAAGAAAAGCUCGGUGGGUUGAUUUUCAUGUGCAAUCGAAAGACAAAACCAGAGUGUUUCCACUAUAUGGUAAUGGGCCUACCGGCGAGCAAGCACGAGCUUGUAACAAGCAUCAAGCCUGGUCUAAAGCUCUUCCUCUAUGAUUUCGAUCUUAGACUUCUGUAUGGGAUCUACACGGCAUCGUCGUCCGGCGGAAUGAAACUUGAGCCAGCUGCUUUCAAUGGUGCCUUCCCUGCACAGGUGCGUUUCAAGGUUCAUAAGGAUUGCAUUCCGUUGCCAGAAGAUGUUUUUAAGAAGGCAAUUAAAGAGAACUAUGAUGCAAAGAGGAAUAAGUUCAAGACGGAGCUUACUGUCCAACAAGUGAAGAAUCUUUCUGAGCUAUUCCGGCCUGCCACUGCAUUCCCAUCGAUUCAGCACUCUCUCUUUCAAAACCCUGCCCCGGCAUCAAUCAUACUUGGUCCACCCAUGCCAAUUGUACCGCUAGUGGGAAUUCCAGAGAGCAGGAGAGAAGCUCUACCACAGGUACACAAUGAACUGUUGUCCAGAAAUCAGUAUCCCAACAAUGAAGCCAGGAGAUACUAUUUGCCCCCACCAGAUUAUGGUAGGGAGGAGCAUCCAAGGCAUGAUGCCUCUAUGCACAUAGGAACAAUCCCAAUGCGAAGAGAGGCAAUUCCGGUGCAUGGAGAAGGAAUACGUCGUGAUCCACUUCCUCUAAGUGAGAAAGAGUACCGAGCUUUUGGGCUUGCAAAAAGGCCCACUGCCCCAGUUCCCGGUCCCGGUCCUGCUCCCUCUUUAGAUCCUUAUCGAAGUGGCAGGGAUCAGUAUAAUCCUUAUCUCUAUGGGACAGCUUCUUCAGACCCAUAUCAUCUGCCGCCUAGGAGAGAUACGUUUCCAACUGACAUGUCAGAGGGAGGAACCGAUCUGUCCCGAAAAAGACCUGAUGGGGUGGAGUAUAAUAUGCAUCGGGCAGGCCAACAGGUGAGCACCCAAUCAGCAGUGUCUCAUCUUGGUCAUCCAUAUGGGGUCUCCACGAGAGCUGAGAUGGCAUAUGAAGGGCAAUCAUUGGAUAGAACUAGGGCUGGUGAAGCUGAAAGAGUGUAUACGGCACAUGCUGCAACUGCAUUGUCAGAUUACAACAGUAGACUUCAGCAGCUCGGCGGGAGGCCAGAUGUUGGAUCUUUGCCAGUCUCAUCUCGUUACUCAUUUGCUGGCCCAUCGUUGUCUUACCGAUGAAGCCCAGGCAUCUUUCUCAUGCAGGCGUGCUUGCGGGGACGUUGCUGUUUUCGUGUUUAGCCUCUGGAAAACGUCGAAAGAACUAGAAAACUGUGUCAUUACCAUCCAGCUUUAGUAGGAUGGAAAAAUCUUAUUGUGUUUGUGGUGUAUCACUAGUUCUGUUGGCAGUCUUGUUCCUUUGAAUACUAACAUUCAUGUUAGGGGUAAAAAUAGCAGGGACUUGCAUUUGAAUUUUUGCCUUUUGGUUUCAUAUGAUAUUUAGUGAUAUUGUUUUACCAGGACGAGCAUGAAAGGAAAUCCCAGACUUGCAACCAUAAGCUUUGCGUGACUUUGGCUGCACUUUCAAAUUGUAUUGUAGUAUUGUCUGAUAAAUAUUAGAGGAAUGUAACUUCAAUUGCCUACUUUGUCAUUGGAAACAUCAUUUAAGUUUUGUUUUUC